AUGAUGCACAAAGGAUUGUCGGUGCACCGUCUUUUCCUCCCCGUAUUGUUCAUGGCGCACAGCGCUUAUGGAGACGUGAGUUAUUCUUUUCCGGAGGAGAUGAAACGCGGAUCUGUGAUUGGAAAUAUGGUGAAGGAUCUCGGGCUCGAUGUGAACAGACUAUCAUCUCGAAAGGCUCGUAUUGAUACUGAAGGUAACAGAAAACGAUAUUGUGACAUUAAUCUGAAUACUGGAGAACUGAUCGUAGCGGAGAGGAUCGACAGAGAAAGUCUUUGUGGAAAGAAAUCUUCAUGCGUUAUAAAACAGGAGCUCGUGCUGGAAAAUCCUCUUGAAUCUCAUCGCAUUGAUAUAAAUGUGCAAGAUAUAAAUGACAAUUCUCCUCUGUUUAGAAAGAAUGUUAUAAAACUCGAAAUCAGGGAAUCGGCUGACCUUGGAGCUCGUUUUUUACUGGAGGAAGCUCACGAUGCGGACAUAGGAAUUAAUUCGGUCCAAAACUACAAUUUAGCGAGGAAUGAAUAUUUUGAAUUGGCUGUUACUGCAAAAACAACUGGAAAAUUCCACAGUGAAUUAGUAUUACAAAAGGAGUUAGAUCGUGAAAAAACACACGAGGUGACUUUAAUUGUCACUGCGGUUGAUGGCGGGACUCCACCGAGAUCAGGUACUGUAGCCAUACACGUCACUGUACUGGAUGCUAAUGAUAAUGCUCCAGUCUUUAGUCAGGCCGUCUAUAAAGUCAGUCUGCCUGAAAAUUCUCCUGUAGAUACUGUAGUGGUUACUGUGAGCGCUACUGAUGCUGACGAGGGACAAAAUGGAGAAGUGACAUAUGAAUUUGGACAUUUAUCAGAAAAUGACAUGACAAUAUUUUCUUUCGGUUCAAAUACUGGCAAAAUAACUUUAAUAGGGUCUCUUGACUAUGAGGAAGAGUCCUCCUUUGAGCUGCCUAUUCAAGCCACGGAUGGACUGGGAAUGGUAACAUAUGGAACUGUAGUUAUUGAGAUAUCUGACAUUAAUGACAAUGCUCCCCUUAUAGUAAUUACAUCUUUGAACAGCCCUAUUCCCGAGAACGCGUCACCUGGUACAGAGGUUGGCAUCAUUAAUGUGCAGGACAGAGACUCUGAGAAUAACGGACAGGUGCGCUGCUCCAUUCAGCAAAACGUCCCAUUUAAACUCGUCCCUUCAAUCAAAAAUUACUAUUCUCUGGUGACCACAGGUGAAUUAGACCGCGAGCUGUUGUCUGAUUAUAACAUCACAAUUACUGCUACUGAUGAGGGCUCUCCACCUUUAUCUUCCACUAAGAAUAUUCACUUCACUGUAGCUGACGUGAAUGAUAACCCACCUGUAUUUGAGGAGCAGAAUUACAGAGCUAAUGUGCAAGAAAAUAACAAACCGGGCUCCUCUAUUUGUUCAGUAUCAGCUACAGACCCGGACUGGAGACAGAAUGGCACUGUAGUUUAUUCUCUGUUGCCCUCUGAUGUCAAUGGCGCACCGGUGUCCUCCUUUUUAUCCAUUAACGGAGACACCGGGGUCCUUCAUGCCGUGAGGUCGUUUGAUUACGAGCAGUUGAGAAGUUUCCAAGUGCUCGUGUUAGCCAGAGACAACGGGUCUCCUCCUCUGAGCAGUAACGUGACCGUGAGUGUCUUCAUAACGGAUGAGAAUGACAACUCCCCUCAGAUAUUAUACCCCUCUCCGGAAGGGAACUCCUUGAUGACCGAGAUGGUCCCCAAAGCUGCGCAGGCGGGCUCCCUGGUCUCCAAGGUGAUCGCCGUGGACGCGGAUUCUGGACAGAACGCGUGGCUCUCGUAUCACAUUAUUAAAGCGACUGAUCCGGGACUUUUCACUAUCGGUGUCCACAGCGGAGAGAUCAGGACGCAGCGGGACAUUUCUGAAUCUGACAGCAUGAAACAGAACCUGAUUGUCUCCGUGAGAGAUAACGGACAGUCCUCUCUCUCAGCCACGUGCGCAUUGUAUUUACUGAUAUCAGAUAACUUGGCUGAAGUUCCAGAACUGAAAGACAAGUCUCAUGACGAGAGCAGCUCCAAACUGACGUUUUAUUUGAUCAUCGCGCUGGUGUCCGUUUCCACUUUCUUCCUCACCUUCAUCAUCAUCAUCCUGGCCGUGAGGUUUUGUCGCAGGAGAAAGCCCAGACUGUUGUUUGAUGGAGCUGUAGCCAUUCCCAGCGCGUAUCUCCCUCCAAAUUACGCAGACGUGGAGGGCGCGGGACCUCUCCGCAGCACUUACAAUUAUGACGCAUAUCUGACCACGGGCUCGCGCACUAGUGACUUCAAGUUCAUCAGAUCUUAUAAUGAGGGCACGCUGACCUCUGACCUGACUCUGAAAAAGACUCCGUCUGUUGAGAAUAUAUUGGAGGGUCUUGGCAGUGAAGCUGAAAAUAUUUCUCAGUUGUGCACAUAA